AUGGGCUCAAAGAAGGACAGGACCGAGUACAGUGACGCAGCACUUGGCCAGGUGAUGGUGGUGGAGGGACUGGACGACCCUGAUAUACUUCAUGAUGAAGUCUUUGGUACAAUCACCGAUCAAGGACCCAAUUAUCGCAACGUCGGUUGGCUUGGAUCCGCCGCUCUCAUGAUGAAGUCCCAAAUCGGCCUCGGUGUGCUUUCCAUACCCGGCGCCUUUGACACUCUGGGUCUCAUCCCUGGCGUACUCUGUCUACUUGCAGUGGCCGUCAUCACGACGUGGUCCAACCACAUUGUUGGUGUCUUCAAGCUCAACCACCCCGAGAUAUACGGAGUGGCUGAUGUAGGAGGCAUGAUUAGCGGCAGGCUGGGCCGCGAGAUUCUGGGUGCGGGAUUUGCCCUCUACUUGACGUUUGGUGCUGGCUCUGGCAUGCUUGGAGCCUCGAUUGGCCUAAACGCCGUGUCUACCCAUGGCACAUGCACAGCCGUCUUUGUUGCAAUGACUGCCAUUGCCGUCAUUUGCUUGUCCAGCAUCCGCACUCUAGGCCGCCUGAGCCUUCUUGCUUGGGGAGGUCUGGUAUCGCUUCUUGUUGCUGGUAAGGAUUUUCGUCCAAAAGUCAAAGCAUCUUCUAGAUCUCUCAAGGUUGCGCCGCUGCUUUUAACCGCUCUAUCCCAGUUCAUUCCAUUGUCUGCAAAAGAACCGCACCUGCUAACCGUCACAGUGACUAUUGUGACAAUCGCCGUUGGCGUACAGGAACGGCCUGAUACAGCUCCACAGCAAGGUAGUUGGACUUCCGACUACAAGUUGUUUGGAAGUCCGAGCUUCACCGAGGCAAUUUCUGCCAUUACAACCUUUAUAUUCGCAUACGCUGGCACUCCAUUGUUCUUUUCGAUUGUGUCCGAGAUGCGAGAUCCUCGUCUCUAUGCCAAAGCAUUGACGAUUUGCCAGAUUGUCGUGACAAUCACAUACGUGACUGUGGGCAUGGUCGUGUACUAUUUCUGCGGCUCAUAUGUAGCCUCGCCGGCGCUUGGAUCUGCGGGGAAAAUAGUCAAGCAAAUCAGUUAUGGGAUAGCUCUCCCUGGACUGGUAGUCGGAGCCACUCUUUCUACCCACAUGGCGAGCAAGUACGUAUUUGUGCGGAUUUUGGCAGGCUCGCGACACCUUGCGGCCAACACCAUGGUACACUGGGGCACAUGGCUGGGCUGUACCUUUUCGGUCGGUACAGUCGCGUACAUUGUGGCUAGUGGUAUCCCUGCCUUUGGCAGACUGGUCUCUCUUAUCGGAGCCCUUUUGGGAACACUGCAAUGCUUUCAGCCGAUGGGAUGCAUGUGGCUGUAUGACAACUGGAGCAAGGGAAAGAUGCAGGAGCACAGAUCACGCAAAUGGAUAUUCAUGCUAGUGGAAUACACGAGCGCUGAAUACUACUGCGGACGAGAGGGCAAAUUUGAACAGAUUUCCGUGUCUGGCUUUGUUUUGGCGCAGACUUUUGUAAUGGGUUAA